AGCAUCAGAAGACGAGAGGAGCAAGAAAAGCUUCAUCCGACGGCCCGACGACAAGAAACCAGCAAUAAGAAGAGGAAGAAGAGGAGGUACCAAGAAACAGACGACUGCGGAGGAUGUGUCCUGUGUGGCUGCUGGUGGCUGUGGUGGUUGUGGGCGGGGCCAGGGGAGCUGUCAGUCAGUGCUGGGAGCAUCCGAGCUGCCAGGAGCUGAGCUCUGAGAGCAGCAUGAUGGAGUGCAUUCAGCUCUGCCGCUCCGACCUCAAUGCCGAGACCCCCGUCGUCCCAGGCAACGCCCAUCUCCAGCCUCCUCCUCCAUCUGAGUCUUCAUCCUUCAUCUCAUCCUCGUCCUCUCCUCAGGCCAAGCGCUCCUACUCCAUGGAGCAUUUCCGCUGGGGGAAGCCCGUCGGCCGGAAACGCCGCCCGGUCAAAGUCUACACCUCCAACGGCUUAGAGGAGGAGUCCUCUGAGGUUUUCCCCGGAGAAAUGAGAAGGCGGGAGAUUGCCAAUGAGCUUAUGGCAGCUGCAGCAGCUGAGGAAGAGGAGGAAAAGGCUCAGGAGGCGAUGGAGGAGGCAGAGGAGCACCAGCAGCUCCUGGGAAGCCUCCAGGAGAAGAAGGAUGGUUCGUACAAGAUGAAGCACUUCCGCUGGAGCGGCCCACCACCAGGCAAACGCUACGGUGGCUUCAUGAAGAGCUGGGAGGAAGGACGCCAGAAGCCCCUGGUGACACUCCUGAAAAACAUCAUUAACAAAGACGAACAGAAGUGAGAGCAGGGAAAGAGGAGGAAAGGGGAUGCAGUGGAGGAGGAGAAAACUUUUUACACCCUGACCAAUAAAAAGCUCCGAAACUGCUCUAUUAGCUGAUUCUGACUGAGGGACGGAUAAUUUAUGCUUUUAUGUAAAUAACUGUAUUUAUUACAUAAAAACAAAAAACUAUUUGCAAGCAAAA